AUGGAACAUAUUGAUCCACUUACAGUUGAAAAACUCACGAAUUUAAAUUUUGAAGAGAAAUGUAGCUACCGAUCGGGUCGAGCUAACAUAGAAGAUAUGGGAGAGGUCCUGCCUAUGUUUCCGUUGCAAACAAGGAGCAAGCAGCUGACUAUGGUGUUCUAUAAAAGUCCAUUGCCGAAUGCAAAGGGAAUGGGGGCAAAUGUACUUGUUCACAUAGGAAUCUUUGAAGCGGCAAAGGGAAUAUACCAGCAAUUCAUGCCAGAAAAAUUAGACCACUUGAAAAGAAAUGGGGAGAAAGCGAAGUUUCAAUUUACAGGCCAUUGCAUUGGAGGAAGCAUUCCUCUCCUUUGCACCCUCUGCUCCCUCUGGGGAGCGGCCUCUAUGUUUUGGACAAAACACAAUUUGGGGUUCUCUGUCUUGAGGGCCUUCUUGAAUUCCCCACAUCCACUAGAAACCAUCAGUGACCCUACAGCUUAUGGUUCAGAAGGUACAAUCUUACAUGACCAUGACUCUUGCAACUAUCUAAAGACUAUGAAUGUGGUUCUAAGGGCAACAUACAAGGAUGAUUGUGAGGAAUCAGAGGAAUCUCUUGUUGCCAAUGCUCACUUCACCAUCUCCACACUCAUGGAAUGA